GGUUUGCGGGCGUCGUCCGCAAUCGGCGACCUUCAGCAGCCAGGGGCGCACGGUUGUUUGGCACUAGCACGACCACCAGCGGGAUCAUGUCAGCACAGACAGCUCCGCCGAAGACAAUACCGAAACCCGUGAGGUUUCUGUUCGGUGGCUCUGCCGGGAUGGCAGCCACGCUGUUUGUGCAACCACUGGACCUGAUCAAGAACCGCAUGCAGUUGAGUGGCGAGGGUGGCAAGUCCAAAGAGCACAAGACAAGCCUGCACGCCAUCCGCAGUGUCAUCCAGAAGGAGGGCAUCCGAGGAAUGUAUGCCGGGCUGUCAGCUGGCUUGCUGCGCCAGGCGUCCUACACCACUGUUCGUAUGGGAGUGUACACAUCGCUCUUUGAGACCUUCAGUAAGGAAGGCAAGCCCCCAGGCUUCCUGGUCAAGGCAUCGAUCGGAAUGAUGGCUGGUGCAGUGGGGGCCUUCUGUGGCACACCCGCCGAGAUCUCCCUCAUUCGAAUGACUGCAGAUGGAAGGUUACCACCAGCCGAGCGCAGAAACUACAAGAACGUGUUUGACGCACUUGUUCGGAUGUCAAAGGAAGAAGGAGUGCUUACGCUGUGGAGGGGAUGUGUACCAACAAUUGGCCGAGCCAUGGUUGUGAAUGCUGCCCAGCUGGCCUCAUAUUCUCAAGCCAAGCAGCUGCUACUCAACUCAGGUUACUUCCGUGACAACAUCAUGUGCCACUUUGCUGCCAGCAUGAUCAGUGGUCUCAUCACAACAGCGGCCUCCAUGCCCGUGGACAUUGCAAAGACCAGAAUUCAGAACAUGAAGACAAUCGACGGCAAACCAGAGUACAGGGGUGCCAUUGAUGUGCUGUCCAAGGUAGUCCGCAACGAGGGCUUCUUCAGCUUGUGGAAGGGCUUCACCCCGUACUACGCUCGGCUCGGACCACACACUGUGCUCACAUUCAUCUUCCUGGAGCAGAUGAACAAGUUCUACUACCGAGUCAUCCUCGGGGACACCGAAGGACGGGGAGGACUGUGAGACUCGAGGGGCUGCCUGCCCCAUCCUCCCACGUGGGAAGGAGCCAUAUCACCAUCUGUCUUUCGUCCCGGCCGGCCAGCGGUCAUCUCGUCUACUCUCGUGACCGCUUGCGUGCACAGAGUCCAUUGCUGUCAGGGGGAACCAGUGGCUCCUCUUCUCUGUGUAGCUGGUCUAUAGAGUGUUGUCUUGUGUGGGCCAGGCAGGGCCUCAAAGCAUUUUUUGGUUGGUUGGCUGUUAGAGAAGAAUAAAAUACGUAUUCGCAUUUUGGG